UGCAGGAGAUAGGGUCAGACUUGUCUCUCUUGAGAAGUGAAUGCCUCAGUUCCACACAUCAGGUGCAAUACAGGAGGCUGCAAUUUCUCGGUUCUGGUGAGAAAAAACACUUCUGGGCUCAUCCAGCCAGCUGCUGAGACCGGCGCCCACAAGCAUGGACACUGAAGACAGCAUCACAGAGCAGGUCUGCCAGGAGUCAGACGUCCAGGAUGGCGAGCUGCGGGAAGUGGAGGUUGCAGGCCACACGGUGUUGCUGGUGAGGAAUAAGAUGGAGUUCAGUGCUGUGGGGAGCAAGUGCACACACGCCGGAGCCUCUCUCAGCAAAGGAGUCUUGGCGGGUAACAGACUGCGCUGUCCCUGGCAUGGUGCCUGCUUCAAUAUCAGAACUGGAGACAUUGAGGAGUACCCAACUCUGGACUGUCUUCCCUGCUUUAAGGUGCGAGUGGAAGACGGGAAGGUAUUUAUUACUGCAAAAAAAAAGGACCUUGAAAGUGACCGAAAGCUGAAGGCCAUGAGUGAGCGAUGCAGGAGCAAUGAGAACACAAUGCUGCUCCUGGGUGAAGGUGCAGCUGCACUGGUCUGUGCAGAAACACUUCGUCAGGAAGGCUUUACAGGCAGGAUCAUCAUGGUAACCAAAGAAAAGCAUGUCCCAUAUGACAGGACCCAACUAAGCAAGGCGAUGGAUAAGACACUAGAGAGCAUUUACCUGAGGCAGCAGGACUUCUUUGAGGCUCAUGGCAUAGAAGUUUGGACUGACAAAGAGGUGGUGUCCGUGGACACGCAGGGGCAGAAAGCCCAUUUCCAGGAUGGGGCCUUCCAGAGGUACGACCAGCUCCUCAUUGCGACAGGCAGCAGCCCCAGGCAGCUCCAGUGCCCCGGCUCAGACCUGGAGAACGUGUGUUCCCUGCAAACCCCAGAGGAUGCUAAAAGGAUUCUCCACCUAGCAACUGGCAAGAGGGUGGUGAUUCUAGGCGCUUCAUUCAUUGGGAUGGAGGUUGCUGCCUUCCUUUCAGACAAGGCCAGCACCAUCUGCGUGGUGGGAAGAGAGGAGUUCCCCUUCCAGGCAGUGCUGGGGCCUCAGGUUGGAGGUGUUGUCAUGAAGAUGCUGCAGAAUAAAAGAGUGAAAUUCUACAUGAAGACUGAAAUCUCUGAGCUGCAAGGAGAGAACAGAAAGGUUACAGAGGCUGUUUUGGCCAGUGGAGAGAAGCUACCUGCAGAUGUGGUGGUGGUGGGAAUAGGUGUCACCUCCAACUCAGGUUUCCUGAAGGACACUUCAAUUGCUAUGGACCGUGGAGGCGCCAUCCUGGUGGAUUUGUUCAUGCAAACCAACGUCCCAAGAGUCUUUGCUGCUGGAGAUGUGACUUCAUUUCCAGUCACACUGUUCGGUGGGAUGACCGCCACCAUCCGUCACUGGCAGAUAGCACAGGCUCAUGGUCACAUUGCUGCUUUAAACAUGCUGACGAAGCAGAAGGCAUUGAACACCGUUCCUUUCUUUUGGACCUCGCUGCUUGGAAAAAGCAUCCGCUAUGCAGGCUAUGGGAAAGGAUACACAGAGACUGUUGUGAAGGGAAAUCUGGAGCAGCUGAAGUUCUUGGUCUUUUACAUCAAGGAUGAUUAUGUGAUUGCCGUUGCCAGCCUGAACUUUGACCCCAUGGUCUCCCUGGUAGCCGAGGUCAUGUACUCUGGCAGACAAAUCUCAAAAGCAGAGGCCCAGUCCUCUGAUAUAACCUGGAUGAAGCAAGCCUAAUGCGAGACUGCCUGGGGGCUCGGUAACACCCCCGCAGGUGUAAUCAUUUCCCAUACCUGCAUCCUCCCGCUUAGGAGAAAUAAAAGCCAGCAUGAAACAGAGCAGGA